AUGGAUUUUAUGGUUGUAGAUGCUGAAGGCUCAGUAGGAGGACUCCUAUGCAUUUGGAACCCAGAUAUCUUCCAGAUGUCAGAAUAUUGUAGUAAUCAAGGGUUUAUUAUUAUGUCAGGUACAUUUUUCAAUUUAUUUGAAUAUACUCUAUUGAAUAUUUAUGCACCUAAUGAAAUGGGUGCAAGGGGAGAAUUUUGGGAGAGACUGGUCAAUUUAAAAAAUGAGUUCCCUAAGCCUUGGUGCAUAGCUGGGGAUUUCAAUGAGAUUAGGAGUAUUGGUGAAAAGAAGGGAUGUUCUAGAAGAGAUAAGGGUAUGAAGGAGUUGAAUGAGUUCAUAGACAAGUGUGAGGUGGUUGAUUUACCACUGUUGGACAGAAAGUUUACUUGGUGUAACUCAACAGAUGGGGAAAAAUGGAGUAGAAUUGAUAGGGUCUUAGUUGAUCCAAGUUGGCAUGAAGUAUUUAAUUUAAAGCUAUGGAGAUUACCUAGAGUGGUCUCGGAUCAUUGUCCUUUAUUGUUAAUGGAGGACGAGAGGGAUUGGGGUCCUAAACCAUUUAGGGUUCUAAAUGCAUGGUUGUUACAUAGAGAAUUUCAAGCUUUUGUGGAAAAGAAUUGGAAUAAGGCUAAUGUAGUAGGUUGGGCUGGGUAUAUUCUAUGUAAUAAGCUGAAGACUCUAAAUAUAAGGCUUAAGAAGUGGAAUGUGGAGAUAUUUGGAAAUGUAAUCAACAAGUUGAAGUCCGCAGAGGCAGAUUUACAUCAAUUUGAUCUUCUGGCUGAGGAUAGAGGCCUUAAUGAAUCAGAAAAAGUAAGAAGGAGAGAUUUUAGAGAAAAGGUUUGGAGAUUGAAUAGAAUGGUGGAAUGA